UACUGAAAUUGGAUUCUAUAAAAGCUCUCAGUUAUUUUUUAACAUAAAACCCCCAAAAAUGGCGUCAAGCUCUGCUUCUCGGGCUAAUACCGUCACUGGUCUCAUUCAGAAAGCUGCUUCGAAUAUUUACCAAGAUAAUCAGAAUCUUAUUCCGGAUAUUCGAACGGGUUUUAAGCUUUUCAAAGAACUCGCCGUGGAUUUGGAGAAAGAAAAUGAGUCUGAAAAAUUAAAAGAGCUGGACAAUGCCCAUGUUCAGUUGCUGAAUGCUUAUGUGGACUGUAUGAAUUUUUCAUCAGCAGUUCAAUCUGUGGCCGAAAACUACCAACCUGCGCCAGAGCUUUCUGAUUUCAAGAAGCUGCUUGCGACUGAGAUUUCGAAUGUGCAAGCUAAUUCAUCAGGAGAUGUACAGAACCUUCAACUUAGACACGAAUUUAAGCAAGCAAUCUGGAAUGUUCAUCACUCAGGGCAACCUAUGCCCGGUGAAGAGCAAGAGGACAUUGUGAUGACUGGUACACAGAGCGUUCUUCGUAAUAUCACUUGUCCAAUAAGUGGAAAGCGUGUUACUGAAUUAGCAGAUCCAGUUCGAAGUAUGGAAUGCAAGCAUGUUUAUGAGAAAUCUGCAGUCAUGGAUUACAUAAAGAGAAAAAGACAAGCCGCUCAGUGCCCCGUUGCAGCUUGUCCUAAGAUAUUGAAUCCAAAGAAGGUGGUGUGUGAUCCAUUGUUACUAAUUGAAAUCGACGAAAUGCGCACACAGUCUAGGGCAACUGCUACUGAAGUUAUCGAAGAUUUCACCGAGCUUGGCGAAGAAUAGUAAUGUCAACAACUAACCUCUUUGGAUUUUGAAUGUAUAUGAAGCAAAAUUUGUACAUGCUACUAAUGGAUGGUAAUGGCUGCUUAGAUGCUUUAGAAAAUUAUUUUAGGCCACAUUUCAAAGGGAAACAAGUUACUUUUCUUUUCUUUUUUGUGCAAUUCAAGAGCAUGAAGGUUUAAAAUGCCUUCUUAAUAUGGUAAAAGGUAACUUUUGAACAUGGUAAUACUAAUACUAUCUCCAACCUUUAUCUUCUAACAAAUGAGAUAGAUUUGGUUGAAAAAGAAA